AUGAGAAUCCUUGUUCGAUUUAUCNAAUCAGUUUAUGUCAGUGACUGGGGAAAUCAUCGUGUCAUGAAAUGGGGAAAAGAUGCAAGAUAUGGAAUACUCGUAGCCGGUGGAUAUGGAAAAGGAAGUCGUCUUAGUCAGUUGGAUAGUCCGAGUGGGCUGUUUGUUGACCAUGCUGGUCAUACUUACAUAGCAGAUUAUAAUAAUCAUCGAGUUAUACGUUGGAGUCAAGGAAAGAGGGAAGGUGAACUGAUUGUUGGUGGCAAUGGGAUUGGAAAUCAAUCAAAUCAACUGAAUAUAGCCAGUGGUGUAACAUUUGAUGUAGAAGGAAAUCUUUACGUCACUGAUUAUUUUAAUCAUCGAGUGCAAAAAUUUGGUCUAAUUUCUCAAUAA